AUGUGGAAGUUAAAGAUAGCAGAAGGUAACGAUCCUUACUUAUUUAGCACUAACAACUUUGUUGGACGCCAAAUUUGGGAGUUUGAUCCCGAUGCUGGAACUCCUGAAGAGCACCAAGAAGUCGAAAACGCUCGUCAACUUUUCCUUAACCGUCAAAAGGAAGGUUUUCAAGCAUCAGGCGAUUUACUCAUGCGGAUACAGUUAAUCAAGGAGAAUGAAAUUGAUAUAUUAAGCAUACCACCAGCAAGGUUAGGGGAAAAUGAGGAAGCGAAUCAAGAAGCGGUAACAACCACGAUAAGAAAAGCAGUCAGAUUUAAUCGUGCCAUCCAAACAAAAGAUGGUCAUUGGGCUACUGAACAUGGUGGCCCUUUAUUUUUCACUCCUCCACUUAUUAUUAUCUUAUACAUUAGUGGAGCCAUCGAUACACAUUUAACAAAGGAGCACAAGAAAGAGAUGAAACGCUUUAUCUACAAUCAUCAAAAUGAAGAUGGAGGAUGGGGAUUUCACAUUGAAGGACAUAGCACUAUGUUUGUGUCCGUGUUAAGCUACAUAUCCCUACGACUUCUAGGGGAAGAAAAAGAUGACAAAAAUGUUGCACUUACUCGAGCAAGAAAAUGGAUACUUGACCAUGGUGGUGCAACCUAUGUACCAUCUUGGGGAAAACUUUAUCUUUCGGUGCUUGGUGUAUAUGAAUGGGAAGGAUGCAACCCAAUACCACCAGAAUUUUGGAUUUUCCCCGAGUUUCUACCCUUUCAUCCAGGAAAAAUGUGGUGUUAUUGUCGAACGGCCUAUAUGCCCAUGUCAUACUUGUACGGAAGAAAAUUCCAUGGCCCAAUCACUGAUCUUGUUCUUCAACUGAGGCAAGAGAUUUAUCUUACCCCAUACGAUGAGAUAAAUUGGAAUAAACAACGCCAUAAAUGUUGUAAGGAAGAUCUCUAUUACCCUCACACAAUAGUCCAAGAUUUGAUAUGGGAUGGUCUUUAUUACUUAAGUGAGCCACUCUUCAAGUACUGGCCUUUUACAAAACUAAGAGAAAAAGCUCUCAAAAGAACAAUUGAGUUAACUCGUUAUAACGCUGAAGAAAGCAGGUACAUUACCAUGGCAAGUAUUGAAAAGGGUUUUCAAAUGAUGUGUUGGUGGGCGGAGAACCCAAACGGGAAUGAAUUCAAGCACCACCUUGCUAGAUUACCGGAUUACUUGUGGCUAGCAGAAGAUGGAAUGAAGUCGCAAACAUUUGGUAGUCAAUUAUGGUGUAGUGCAUUUGCAACUCAAGCAAUAAUCGCAAGUAAUAUGCCUGAAGAAUAUGGGGAUUCUCUUAAAAAGGCCCAUUUCUUUAUCAAAGAAUCUCAGGUUAAGCAAAACCCAAAAGGAGAUUUCACUAAAAUGUGUCGACAGUUUAGUAAAGGAUCAUGGACAUUCACAGAUCAAGAUCAUGGAUGGCCUGUCUCGGAUUGCACAGGAGAAGCAUUGAAAUGCCUACUUUUAUUAUCCCAAAUGCCCGAAGAAAUUUCUGGAGAAAAUGUAGAUAACCAGCGACUGUAUGAUGCUGUUAACUUCCUUCUUUAUGUACAAAGCCCUACAACAGGAGGUUUUGCUGUUUGGGAAAAACCAAUCCCACAUCCAUAUUUACAGACGUUGAAUCCUUCAGAAAUGUUCGCCGACAUUGUUGUUGAAAGAGAGCAUGUUGAGUGCACAACUUCAGUGAUGCAAGCUCUCAUAGAGUUCAAACACUUCCACCCCGGGCAUCGGGAAAAAGAAAUAGAAAAGGCUGUGGCAAAUGCAGUGCGUUAUCUAGAGGAUAUACAAUGGGAAGAUGGUUCAUGGUAUGGUUAUUGGGGGAUAUGUUUCAUAUAUGGCACAUUCUUUUCGUUAGGAGGCUUAGAAUCAGCUGGAAAAACAUAUAAUGAUUGUGAAGCAGUUCGCAAAGGAGCCAAGUUUUUACUUUCGAUACAAAAUGAAGAAGGUGGUUGGGGAGAAAGCUACAAAUCUUGCCCUAGUGAAGUCUACACACCACUAGAUGGAAAUAGAACUAAUAUAGUUCAAACAGCAUGGGCUAUGCUAGGUCUCAUGUCAUCUGGACAGGCUGAAAGAGAUCCAACACCAUUACACAAAGCAGCAAAGAUCUUGAUCAAUGCACAGAUGGAUGAUGGAGAUUUUCCACAACAGGAGAUGACUGGAACUGCAAUGAGGAACUGCAUUCUACAUUAUCCGUUAUAUAGGAAUAUAUUCCCGUUAUUGGCACUUUCGAAAUAUCGCAAUAUAUUUUGGGCUACAUAAAGCUAUAAUAAAUUGGAGCUCCUUAUUCCAACAAUAAGACUAGAAAAUGCAUAUGCAUAUUACAAGCGGAUUAGUGUCAUGUAGCUUAAGUUGUGGGGUAUUUUAUAUGCUAUAAAAAUAAGUUGUCCUAUAGCCUGGGGUCUGAUAUAUAUGCUGUGAAAAAUAAGUUGAACAUGUACUCCAAAACUUUUGAAGUAAUGGUUGCAUCAUUUUUCGUA